UAGAGGCAUAGCAGAACCGCCUGAAACCGCCGCUGGCAACACUGUUGAAGUCCUCGUCACCGUAACAGCACCUUAGCGAAACAACAACGCAGCGUUUCCCUUCUUUCUGAUUCCCUAGAGAAAAGGGUACAAUGGAAGUUAAUGAACAGGCUAGAUGCAGAGAGUUGGCUAAGUCGUCCUCAUUUUACCGCACAGUUUACUCAGAGGUAGAAGAGGUUGGAUGGGAGCAUUUGGUGAGAUUGGACGGAGAUCUAACUUUCCUUAGCUUUCGUGUUUUAGAUAAGAAGGGAAGAGUGCAUAUCAUGGAAAUUCAGUUGGAUAAAGCCUAUCCUAGAGUUCCACCAAUGGUUUCAGCGGAUGUACCCUAUAUCUUCAAUUUAAAAUGGUCAAUGAACUCAAGAUUGAAAAACUUGGUGCAACAAUUUCAGGAGCAUCUGGAGAAGCUUCAAGGAUUCUGGUCUACUUUGGACGAGAUUGACAGGUCUCUAUGGGUUGUUGAGUCAAAGCAGGCAUCUCGUGCCAUGUCUUGUCGUCAAAUUCACGUAGGAAAUGAUUGCUUCGUCAUGUUGUGCAUUAAUAUCAAUGACCCUAGAUCAUUACCAGAGUGUCGUUUUAUGGGUUCAGGUACUAUUGUGAACUCCUUGAGAAAGAUAUGGAAAAGAAAUAGCAAUAAAUGGAUGAGUAAUAAACCCUUUACAGAAAAUAUUGAGUGUCUUCUGGAGACCCAACUGCCAAGGCCCCCUGACAAAGAGGAGAACAAUCUUCUAGUUGAAUGUGGAAUCUGUUAUGCUCAAUAUCUCCCUAUUGGUGAUGAGCUUGUACCUAAAAGUGGAAGUGGAACUGAUUAUACUUGUGAAAAUAACAAUUGCAGUAAGGCUUUCCACAGCAUGUGCUUAGUGGACUGGUUGCGAUCUAUCACGACAACAAGGCAGUCAUUCAAUGUUCUGUUUGGGAAUUGUCCGUACUGUUCAGAGCCAGUUGCAGUCAAGACUAAUACAACAAAGAAUUAGAGACUUUCAUUAUCCAAGCUGACUCAUCCUGCCAACCUUGGAGGUGUAUGGAAUUUCUUAACGCAAAGCAGCAAAACUUCUGAUGUCAUACACUAUAAAAUUGGAAUGAUUGAAGCCUUUUUCUCCAUGAAUAAGUUAUUGAAAUUUCAUUUCCAUUUUGCUGAAAUCAUAACCUUUAAACUAAGAUUGUUACAGUAUCCAAUGUAGGGUUGUGCCCACUUGUACUGUUGCAUUUACGGUGACUUAUGAACAACAACGACUUGUGGCUUUCCUUCAUUAUAUUUUGUCUUGGCCUUAUCUUAGGCCCUAGUGACUUUGAUUAAAACCUUUUUCAUUUGAUUGGUUGUCCA